ACCAGCUUAGUGACGUCAUCAAUUGAAGACAAUUUGUCGUCGUAAAAGGACAGGCGAAGAGGACAUUAUAACCCAACAAUCUUCAAUUAUCAAAAACAUCAGUACAAAAUCGACAAAGAUUGAUUCUCAGUGCCAGAAUCCGCCAUUUGUUUCGUAGAUGACACUAUGAAACGUGGCCUUGACGGACAAGAAGGGGUGUUCCAACAGCGUCGCGGACCGGAGAGCUUCCCACCACGGGUGCUAAGUGGUGCACCACAGAACUUUGAUCAGAUAUCAGGAGAAGCGAUGGCCGGGGUGCAGUAUCAGUAUCCUCAACAACCUGGACAUCAUGGCUCAAUCCACCACCAGCCUCAUGUGACAGCACCACAUCCCCAUCAGCAACCAGCUGUCCAUGCAUCACCUGCCCAGGCAAAUAUAGGGAAUGUCCAGGGACAGCAACAAUUUCAGCGACUAAAAGUGGAAGAUGCUCUCUCCUAUUUGGACCAAGUGAAGCUACAGUUCGGCAACCAACCACAGGUCUAUAAUGACUUCUUAGAUAUUAUGAAGGAGUUCAAGUCACAAAGCAUUGACACUCCAGGGGUAAUCAACAGGGUUUCAAACCUCUUCAGGGGUCACCCAGACCUCAUUGUUGGGUUUAACACCUUCCUGCCUCCUGGUUACAAGAUAGAAGUUUUGGUCAAUGAUCCAACACAGAUCAGUGUCACUCAUCCUGGAUUACAUGGACAGCCGGCCACCACUCAAUCCAUCUCAACUGGGCUACCGCCGUCCUUGCCAACAGGGCCACAAGCCCCACAGCCACCAUCUGCCCAAGUUCCAACACAGCAACAAGUGGACAAGCCUGUUGCGCCCCAGCCGAUUCCAUCAGCAUUAACGCCCUCAGCAGGAGGGAGGCCUAGAGUUUUCCCUCAAGGCACACCCACCACAGUUUCGGGUUCACAGACCCCUUCAGGCCAACCAGUACCACCAUCGUCCACAGUACAGCCACCAACGUCGCAACAGCAGCCCCAGUCACAUCAGCCACCCCAGCAGCAACCUCCACAACAGGGUCAAACCAACCAAGCUAACCAGCCAGUGGAAUUCAACCAUGCUAUUAAUUAUGUCAAUAAGAUCAAGAAUCGAUUUCAAGGGCAACCGGAGAUCUACAAAGCAUUCUUGGAGAUCCUUCACACGUAUCAGAAAGAGCAGCGUGCCGUCAAAGAGUCGCAGGGUGUCUACCAGCCAACUCUUACAGAGUCGCAGGUUUUUGAGCAAGUCGCUAAGUUAUUCCAGAACCAGGAAGACCUAUUGCAGGAAUUUGGUCAGUUUCUGCCAGAUGCCAAUGGUAGUGGAGGAACAGAUUUUAGUUCGUUCUCAAAAGAUGUGAUACAUGCACGUACGCCGAUGGUAAAUGACCACACAUCGAUAGUGAAGAAACCCAUCAGCCAGCCCUCAAAGAAGAGCCAUUUGAAACGACCAACCAUUACACCUUCACCUUCAUCUACCAAGAAAAUGAAGAUCAGUUCUGUUAAGGAUAUUUCAUUGGCUGAAGCGGGCAAACAUGGUAGUCUGAGCGAGUUUGCGUUCUUCGAUAAGGUUCGUAAAGCAUUACGGAAUCAAGAUGUUUAUGAGAACUUUCUACGUUGUCUGUUGCUGUUCAACCAGGAGGUUGUUUCCAGACCGGAGUUGGUACAACUUGCUACCCCAUUUCUUGGUAAAUUUCCUGAACUAUUCAAAUGGUUCAAAGAAUUUCUUGGGUAUAAGGAAUCUGAUAAGGUUGAUCAUAUGGCACCUAAGGAGCGAUCACAAGGCGAAUUGGCCACCGAGAUCAAUUUUACACAUUGCAAACGAUGCGGGCACAGUUAUCGUGCUUUGCCGAAGAGCUACCAACAGCCGCGUUGUACAGGCCGUACACAAAUCUGCAAUGAGGUGCUGAACGACACUUGGGUCUCAUUUCCCUCCUGGUCUGAAGACUCAACGUUUGUCAAUUCACGGAAGACGCAGUAUGAAGAACAUAUUUAUCGGUGUGAAGAUGAGAGAUAUGAGCUUGAUAUUGUCAUUGAAAUCAACAUGACUACGAUACGAGUGCUGGAGAAUGUGAACAAAAAAUUGCAGAGGAUGUCAUCAGAAGAACAGUCCAAAUAUAGAUUGGACAACGCUUUGGGUGGCACAUCAGAAACGAUACACAGAAAAGCAAUUCAAAGAAUUUAUGGUGAUAAAGCACAUGAUAUUAUCGAGGGCCUCAAGAAAAACCCCGCUGUCGCCGUACCACUUGUUCUCCGAAGACUAAAGUCCAAAGAUGAAGAAUGGAAAGAUGCGCAGCGGAGUUUCAAUAAGAUCUGGCGUGAACAGAAUGAGAAAUAUUACCUCAAAUCCUUGGAUCACCAAGGAAUUAAUUUUAAGCAGAAUGAUACCAGAGGACUUCGCUCAAAGAGCCUGCUCAACGAAAUUGAAAGUAUAUUUGAUGAGCGGCAAGAAGUGAUGUUAGAUGGCUGCAAGGAUAAUGGCCACCCACAUUUAGAGCUGAAAUCAUAUGAUAACCAUAUCCUGGAAGAUGUGGCAUCUCUAAUAAUUCAUCAUGUUAAACGGCAAACCAGUAUUCAAAAGGAGGAUAAACAGAAGAUCAAACAACUUUUACAUCACUUCCUACCAGAUUUUAUGUUCCGAGAACGAGGGGAAUUAUCAGAUGACGAGGAUGAAGAUGAUGAUGAGGAGGAUGACGAUGAAGAAAUGGAAACAGAUGAGGCAUCUGAAAAAGUGUCAAGGAAAGAAAAAGCUGCUGAAAUAAGGAAGAGCCGGAAAAGUCUACUUUCAAACGGGCCAGUCAACGGAGAGCAAUGGCAAUCAGAUGACGUCUAUCACUUAUUUUUUGUUAACAAUAACUGGUAUUUAUUCUUCCGGCUACAUAACAUAUUAUGUGAACGGUUGAACAAAAUGUACAAACGAGCUCUUAUCAUUUCCGAAACAGAGGGCGGCAUACAUAGGAAAGCCGCCAAGGAAUCAACAGCUUUUGCGCUCGGACUUAAGCAACCACUAGAAAUUGAGCCAGAGGAAUAUUAUAACGCCCUUCUUGAAAUGGUACGCAAUCUACUGGACGGCAACAUGGAGAGUACACAGUUUGAGGACCAGCUCAGAGAAAUGUUUGGCAUCCACGCAUACAUCACCUUUACCUUAGAUAAGGUUGUACAGAACCUUGUUCGCCAGCUUCAACAUGUUGUUGACGAGAACUGCCUACCAAUCACAGAGCUGUAUAUUGAAGAGUUGAGGACAGGAGGCGGUGGUGGUACUUGUGCGACAGCUGCACUUAGAGCAGGAUUAGAGACCUCCUAUCAAAAGAAAGCAGAACAGCUGAUGGCUGAUGAAAACUGUUUCAAGCUGAUUUACAGUAAAGCUGAACAUAAAGUUACUAUAGAACUGCUUGACACAGAAGAGGACCACAGCGAAGAUCCAGUAGAGGUGGAGAAAUGGUCCGACUACGUGGAAAAAUAUGUAAACACAGAAACCACGUCCACUGAACUGAGAGAACAACUUGCCAAAAAGCCUGUCUUUCUACCACGAAAUAUUCGGCAGACACGGCAAACGGAUGAGAACCUCUUAAAAUCAGAAGACAUACGAUUACAGCCGGAGAAGCUACCGGCUACGAGUACCACUGGGCCCGGAGGUGAUGGCGCCCUUAAAGGACUUGACGUGGUGAACAACAUGGAAUGCCAGUUUAACAUUAACUCAUACAAGAUUGUGUAUGUAGUCAAUUCUGAAGAUUAUAUGUACAGGAGAACAGCACUGAAGAAGGCCAAAGAGUCCCACCAAGAAGUCAGCAUUAAAUUGCACACAAAAUUCCGCAAGUGGUUCAACGAAUGGGUAAGGAAAAACGUUAGUCGGGAACAAGAGAAGCAAGUGGAACGCUGGUUUAUGGGUGAUAUUGAUGACCUGAUACCUUGCCAAACAAGGAGUCGUAAGGUGGAAACGGAAGAGCACAAGUACCGAAGGUUUUCAGUCAUUUACCCCAAAGAGGACUCACUGAGUUCAAAAUCAUGAGGGUGAGCAAGUGCACCUGCUCUCACUCCCACUUUCUACAAAUCAAGUUGUAUUUAUACUUUGUAAAGUAUAAGGUAAUUUUUGUCCCAAAUUUUGAGAUGACUUUGUAAAUAGUGUAUGUACAUUGGUUAAUGCUGGAGAGAGAUCUACAGCGAAGCAGUUAGACUGCAUCGAUUCAGGAUAAUAAUUGUCAGUAUGUAUUUUACAACACCUGAAUGAUUUGCAGAUCAGUUGAGGAUGAGGGCACUUGACCGACCACAACUUCCAGGAUUGGUACGCGUGCUACAAUAAAAUGUGUACUGGUCUGUCUUAUACAAUUAGAGCCAUGUGGUUUUUAGCAUCUAUAUUUAGCCGGUGGUCUAGAAGAUUUUUUUUAAUGAAAGCCCUAUCCUCAAAGUGUGGUUUAAGUAACUGUAUUUAAACAAAAGCCCUGGAUGUGUACAGUAGUUAAUGUAGACGAAGCAUUAAGUAUUGAAAUAUAUUGUACUUGGAGUCCUCACUCUGAUUCUGUAUUUUUUUACAUGAUUAUUUCAUCUCCUUAUUAUUUUAUUAUUAUUGAAUGUUAAUUAUUUAAAUUAUAAUUAUCAGUGUGUGCGUGUGUGUAUUUUUAUUUAUUUUUUCACAAGCUAAGCAUACUGCCAAUUUUGUGAUACAUUUUUAAGAUUCCUCUUUGCUUAAAUCAUUUUCCAAUACUUCUCCUUUCUCAACUGUCACCAAUUAGCUAUUCAAUUACUGAUAUUCAAAGGAUACUUUAAAAAAAUUAUUUUUGUAUUAGCAAUAAUGAAAUUGGAAUGGAGGUUUUUAUUUCCAUGGUUGUUUGAGAGCUCCAUAUUGUGAAUGUGCCCUUUUGUACAAGUUUUUACAAUCGGUAUCACUGAUGCAAUACUUGGAAAAUAGUCUUUUGUAACUAUCUUUAAAUCACAUACUCAUUAUAUAUUAUAUAAGACUGUAUUAACAGAUGGGAAAUAAAAAUAGUGACAAAGACUGUAAUUUUUGAAGUUACAUCGUAUGCAUGUUCAGAAAAAACAAAACAAAGUAUGGUUAAGGACAUAAAUGCAGUUCUCGUGUUACAUUUAUAUACAUUUUUUGGCUCACUUUUAAACAAGUCAUCCUAUUUGAAAUCAGCCCUUCAUCCUGACAAUAAAAUAGCACUACGUUAAUUAAUGAUCAUAAUGUUUGUUUUAUAUAAUACAUAAAUGCCUACAGUAAAUGCUUGAAUAAGCGCCGCAGCGUUUAUAAAAACAUAUUGGUAUAUCGUUUUAGAUGCCUGUUCCUAUGAUAACUAUUUCACAUAUUUCAGUAGGCCUACCAUAGGUUCUAUCAUCGUUCUUUUCGUUUAUAAAGAAAAGCUUGUGUCUUCAUUGUGUUACUUAUUCAUUUUAACACUGUAUAUAUUGUAUUUAAAACUCUGUUUCGUUACACACAGGGUAAUAUUAUAUACAGUACUCUUGAUUAAGUGCCGAGGCGCUUUAGGGAAAAAAGUUAUGUUUGGUGCGGUGCUUAUUCGAGCAUUUACGGUAAGCUUUCUAUGUGUUGCUCAUUAUUGCCCCGGUCAUAGGACCAAAACCACAUACUGUAGCUCCCUGUGGGGAGUAUUCCAAUAAAUGUUGAAGUGCACUGGAAUUUGUGAAUAAAGUGCCUUGCCUAAAACAGCCACCCUCAAUUGCUUCUACUAGAUGGGAUUUAUCGAACGCAUUCAGCCGGGCACUCACCCGAUGGUCGGCGGCCAACAUAAUUAUAUGGAGAAGGCCACAACGUACGUGCAGCAGAUCGUUUUAAUGACGAUCUUUUAGACUGCCGCCAACAAUCGGCAGACGGUGUCUUGUCGUCUAACGCUCAGAGCGAGUGGAGUUGGAUUCGUCGCACGAUACAGUGAGUGUCAGGCUUUAGUGAACGACAGAUCUUGAGACAGGUGCUUAAAAAUAGGAUAACAAUAAUGAAAGGAUUUGAUUAGAGAAAGGGUAGAGUAAGGAUUGAAGAAUUGACAACUGUGUGUUAAGGCAUUGCAAUAAUUUUUUUUUUUAAUGCAGGGAUCACGCAGCAACAAAACACCUUGAUAUUGAAAGGUGGUCUAUAUCCUUAUGGACUUAUCUGUUUUAUAAGCAUUACAUAACCCAUUCUUAAACAAAUUUAAAUCAUGGAUGGUUUCUUAGGUGGAAAAGAAAAAUAUUUUAUGCUUACAAUGCUCUGCAUGCAUGUUACUACGACCAUGGUAGGAAAUGGAAUUUGACACAAUCAAGGCUUCAUUGCGGAUUAAGGAUCUUUGUUAAUCAUUAUUGUAAUGAUUAUUUAGUAACUCAAAAGACUCUUUGUUACAUGCCUAUGAAGUAAUUCUUGUAAAGGUUAAUUGUGGAAGUUAUUAUACUACUACUACUACUGUCCGACCUGCAGUGUAAUGUGUAGUGUUGCAGCCGACUUCUUUGGCCCAAACCCCCCCCCCCCCCCCCCCCCCCCCCCAACUUUUUUGCAAUAUUGCGUGAACAUAGGGUUUUAGUCAGCCCAGAUGGUUUUUAUUAAAUAUAAUUUGGUUCUUGUAUAUUUGUAUUUAUCUUAAUCACCUUCAGAAUAUCUUCACAGAGAACUGAACUCGCUUCUUUCUUGGCGAUAGUAUUUUGUAUACAUCUGGAAACAUUCCACCACAAGUUCACGAAAUAAAUUUAAGUGCAUUAACUUAAUUUUUCUCCAAAAGAUCAAGAACAUAAAAGGCCUAAAUUGGGUACCAAAGUAUUUGAAAUUAAGAUAUAAAUGUUUAUUCCUUUUUACCAGACUACACUAUGUUAGGCAGGUAGUGUAAACUAUUCUUAUUUUUUGGUAUUAUUCAAGAUAAUUUUUUUUCUUUCUUUAUUAAAGACACUUAUUAAAUUUGUACAGUUCAGUUGUGAAUUACAAACUCCAUUAAAUUCCUUUUUCAGGUAAUCUGUUGAGUAACUUUGUUUUUUUUUUCCAGUUGUCAUUGAUAGCACCUACAACACUAACAGAAACGCUUAAACUCUUAAGCACUCACUGCAUUGUACAACAAAUGCAACUCCACUCUGUGAGUGACACCGUCUGCUGAUUGUCGGCGACAGUCUGAACUGAUUGUCAUUAAAAAAACGAUCCGCUGUGCGUGCAUCGUUGCGUUGCGUAUUUUAUAGAAUCGCGCUGACUGGCAAGCGCAGUGUCUGGCUUUAGAGGUGAAUCCCCUUUUACUACUAAGCACCGGGCCCCUUCUACUAAUAACUCAGCUUACACAAAUUACAGGUCCUUCCAUUAAAUGAAGACGUCCAAAGCUAUGAAAAUUAAUUGCUCAUACGUGGGGGCCAUCAGUUCUGCCAUAAAGAACAAUGUUAUUUGGCUUUUAUAUUAUCCCAUUUCCAAAGUGGCAUUUUAUCAAAACAAUCAAUUUCUAUCAAUGAGCUGAAUGAGCUUUAGCUUAAAUAUUUAUCGAUAGGGAGAUUACCCAUCCCCGGCCACUUUUUGAGCAAAAAUACUUUGCAGAUAUGCAUGGGACCCAAACAUUCGCUGUUGCGCUCUGACAGUAACACAUUCUCCAGUUUGGGUCGGGGGAGUGCUGAAUAGAAAUAUUACAUCCACUGAACAUUAUUACAAACUGCAGUUAAGGGGUCAUCCAUAAUUAUCAACAUCUUCAAAAGAGUACAAAACAUACUCUUUUCUGUUACCCCCUCCCACCCCCGAAAGAGUACACAAUAAAGUGUUGAUUUGUGUCAUUUUGAGAUCAACAUUUAUGUUUUUUAUAAAAGUAUGUCUACACUUUCAACCCCCUAAAGCGUAUGUUUUGUACUCUUUUGAAAAUGUUGAUAAUUAUGGAUGACCCCUAAACACAAUGAGAAAAAAAUAUCUAAAAACCCAUGAUUGCCGACGAAGAGCCAAAAAGUGCCCUAGACUCGGAAAGCCACAGGACCACUGGUUAUGUUAAUACUAAAGUAUUAUUUCCAAAAUGUCUUUACAUUCACAAUAAAAGUGCAUUUGUGACAGAAAUUUUUUAUCAACACAUUAAUAAACCAAUUGUUUUAAAUAAAUUGAGUACAUAAAACAAAAACCCCUUUAUGAUGAUAGUUUUGCACCUUAAAGGUACAUGUAUACUGUACUGCCACCUACAAUAUAGGAUUAAAAUUUGGUAUGGAAAAAUGUAAGGGUAUAUAAUAUACAAAGAUAGUACUGUAUUUAAAAUUGAAUUCCGUGGCAGUCAGUGAUGCAAGAUGAAAACUACAGUAGUGUACUAGAGCAUACCAGUGGGGUGGUGGGCCAAGUUCCCCACACUGUCUCGUAGAUAUGCAACUGGUGGCAGUACAUUAUAACCUCCGGUACAUUAAUAAUAAUCAGUACACUGUGCAGAUGAUUCUAACCAGCACCAUUACUAAGGAAAUAUUAAGUGAAAACUAGUUUACUGUUUUUAAUACAAUUCAACUCAGAUGCUGAAAAUGACAAAAAAAAAUAUUUUGAAAUUAUAUUUCAUCAUUCUGCAUUAACAUACAGUUUAUUAACUUGAGCAUAGGAAUUAUUGAAUUUAAAAAAAAAA